AUGUAUGAUGAUUAUCACUGCACAAAUUGCUUGGGAGGCCAAUUAAGUCCAUCUUUGGUCAAUUUGACCAAUUUGCGAUACUUGGACAUGAGCUCAAAUGAUUUUUCAGGAAUCCAAGUUCCUGCAUUCUUGGGAUUGUUGAAAAACUUGAGAUACCUCAAUCUCUCAAGUGCAGGAUUUGAUGGUGAAAUUCCCCACCAUUUAGGAAACCUCUCACAUUUACGGUAUUUAGAUCUUGGGUGGAAUUCAUUGAGCACUAAGGAUCUCGGGUGGAUUGCUGGGCUCUCUUCUCUAGAAGACUUGAAUGGUUGUGAUCUCUUCAUCCAUCCUCAUCUUUCACAUGUCAAUUUCACAUCUCUUGCUUUCCUUGAUCUCAGUGGAAAUAAUUUCAACAACUACAUGGCCCCUCCUUGGCUCCGUAAUCUUACUGGCCUCCAUGAUCUUCGUCUUGUUGGUACUAAUCUUUUUGAUUCAAUUCAUGAUCUAUUUGACCAUAUGACCUCUCUCGUUCAUCUCGAUCGAUCUUCAAACCGCUUUUGUAAUGCAAGCAGUCUUACUUAUUUGGAUCUGAGUUUUAAUAAUUUGCAAGGGUCAAUACCAAGUAAAAUAGGCCAACUUAUAAAUCUUACUUAUUUGGAUCUGAGUUUUAAUAAUGUGCAAGGGUCAAUACCAAGUGAAAUAGGCCAUCUUUCAAAACUAACUAAUCUAUUAUUGUCUCAUAAUAAAUUAAAUGGUACCAUACCGACCAAUCUUUGGCAGCUGACGAAGCUACAAGAAUUUGACGUUGGAGACAAUUCAUUAACUGGGGUCCUAUCUGAAGACCAUUUUGCGAAACUCCGAGAGCUGAAGUACCUGGACCUAACUGGAAACUCACUCGCUCUGAACGUGAGCUCCUCGUGGGUUCCUCCUUUUCAACUCCAAGAAACUCAGAUGGGAUCCAUCAUUGUGGGACCCAGGUUUCCAGCUUGGCUUCGGACGCAGAAGGAGCUUGAGGUGUUAGGCAUGCGGGACGCGAGCAUUUCAGGUGCCAUACCCAACUGGUUUCGAGUGCUUUGUGAUGAUAUUAGGAUAUUAGAUCUCUCCAGCAACAGCCUAACUGGAAAUCCUUUGGAGUUCAAAUCGUUUCCGCAGCUUGAAGAUUUAGAUCUUUCACACAAUUUUCUUACUGGACAUAUUCCGCAGCUUCAACAUGCGCUGUCGUCUCUCGCACUAAAUGAUAACCGUUUCACAGGUACUAUCCCUGAAGACUUGUGCAAGUCGGAAAAUUUAUCAGAAUUGGAUCUAUCCAACAAUCUUCUGUCCGGAAGAGUUCCUCUGUGUCUAGGAAACUUGCAAGACCUGUCUUUCCUAAACUUGGCAAAUAACAGUCUAUCCAGUCAAAUUCCGAGUUCACUGGGUAACUUGUUGCAGCUUUCUAAGCUGCAUUUGAAUGGAAAUAAAUUCAUUGGAAGGCUCCCGUCAAUGCAGCAUCUGAUAGAGUUGCAAAUUCUUGAUCUCGGUGCCAGUGGACUAAAGGAUAUUAUACCAGCUUGGAUUGGGGAAAGGUCUAGAUGGAGGUUACGCCGUUGA